AUGAUGAGGAAACGCCACUACCCGCUGGACUGGGCAACGCAAGUGGGCUGUGAGCAGUGCCCACCACCCCUCAACCGUGACUGGCUCUACAGGUCCUAUGGCUCUGCAGGCCAGCAGCACCUGCAUCUCAUGUUCCUGCUGCUCAUUAUCAUGGGCAUCUGCCUGGCACUGCUCACCUUCUUUGCCUCAGGACUGGUGAAAAAUGACCCGGUUUUCACGCCCCCAUUUAUCAAGCCAGGGCAAGAGGAGCGAGAGCCCGGCCUCGCUCCCAAUUGGAAAGCUGCGCGCUCCAUCAGCAACCCGCUCCUCUCACUGGACGCGCCUAUCCGUCCGUCAUUCCCAAAGCCAUCGCCCAUUGGCGGAGCCGCCAUUCUUUCACGGGGGGGCCGCUGGCACGGCUCAGGCGUCCAUCAGGGAGAGGAUUGGCCAGCGCCGGGCAGCCGAGGCUCCCAUUGGCGGGCGAACGAGCGACUCGGGUGCAGAUUGGCCAGGCGGCGCCGGAGGGGGCGGGACGUGCAGGGCGGUGCCCGGGCUGCCGAGGAGGAGGAAGAUGGCGCCGUGAGGGGGUCGGAGCCGCCGCCGCCUGCGCCGCAGCCGGAUUCAGAGGACAGUAUGGCUGCCACGGCUGCAGUCAGCCCUAGUGAAUACCUGCAGCCUGCUGCAUCAACAGCACAGGACUCUCAACCAUCUCCACUAGCCCUGCUUGCAGCGACAUGUAGCAAAAUUGGUCCUCCAGCAGUGGAAGCAGCAGUCACUCCUCCUGCCCCACCUCAGCCCACUCCUCGAAAACUCGUCCCAAUCAAACCUGCGCCACUUCCUCUGGGUUCCAGUAAGAACAGUCUUGGAAUCCUGUCGUCAAAAGGGAACCUCUUCCAGAUCCAAGGGUCUCAGCUUGGGACCUCAUAUCCUGGGGGGCAGCUGGUUUUUGCCAUUCAGAACCCAACCAUGAUCAACAAAGGGGCCCGGUCAUCAGCAAACAUCCAGUACCAGACAGUCCCUCAGAUACAGGCUGCAGGGGGCCAGACCAUCCAGGUGCAACAGAACCUUGCCAACCAGAUUCAGAUUAUUCCCGGAACCAACCAGGCUAUCAUUGCUCCUUCCUCCUCUGCGCACAAACCUGUGCCAAUCAAGCCUGCUCCAGCACACAAGGGAGGGGUGUCAUCAGGGCAGAGCACAAGCAGUGUAGUCAAGUUAACCAGCGGCAGCAACGUGACGCUCACCUUGCCUGUGAACAACCUGGUUAGCAGCUCUGAGUCUGGGACACAGGCACAGAUAAUAGAGAGCCCGUCAAAACCCAGCAAAAAGACUAGAAAGAAAGCCAUGUCGCCGGCUCAGACGACAGCCAUGGCUGUGGCUGAGCAAGUGGAAACAGUAUUGAUAGAGACAACGGCAGAUAACAUCAUCCAAGCAGGGAAUAACCUGCUCAUCGUGCAGAGCCCUGGCUCAGGCCAGCCAGCCAUGGUCCAGCAGGUUCAGGUGGUCCAACCCAAGCAAGAGCAGCAGGUAGUACAGAUUCCCCAGCAGGCCCUGCGAGUGGUCCAGGCAGCCUCCGCCACACUCCCCACCGUCCCUCAGAAGUCCUCUCAGAACUUUCAGAUACAGACAACUGAACCAACUCCUACCCAGAUCUAUUUCAAAACACCAUCGGGUGAACUGCAGACUGUGCUGCUCCAAGAAGCCCCAGCCAUGACAGUGGCCCCAUCUGUCACCACCUGUAGCAGCCCUGUAUCCCGCAGUUCCCAGACAGGAGGAAGUAGCAAAAAAACAGCCACUCGCAAAGAGCGCACCCUGCCAAAGAUUGCUCCUGCUGGGGGCAUCAUCAGCUUGAACGCAGCUCAGCUGGCAGCUGCUGCCCAGGCUAUGCAGACUAUUAACAUUAAUGGCGUCCAAGUCCAAGGCGUACCUGUCACCAUCACCAACACUGGAGGCCAGCAGCAGCUGACAGUCCAAAACGUGUCUGGCAACAACCUGACCAUCAGUGGCCUGAGCCCCACCCAGAUCCAGCUGCAGAUGGAGCAGGCACUAUCUGGCGAGAUCCAGCCUGGGGAGAAGAGGAGGCGCAUGGCAUGUACAUGCCCCAACUGCAAGGAUGGGGAGAAAAGGUCUGGGGAUCAGGGGAAGAAGAAGCACAUCUGCCACAUCCCCGAAUGUGGCAAGACCUUUCGUAAGACCUCACUGCUGCGGGCUCAUGUGCGCCUGCACACAGGCGAGCGACCUUUCGUCUGCAACUGGGUCUUCUGUGGGAAGAGGUUCACACGCAGUGACGAGCUGCAGCGGCAUGCCCGGACGCAUACAGGUGACAAGCGUUUUGAGUGUGCCCAGUGCCAGAAGCGCUUCAUGAGAAGCGACCACCUGACGAAGCACUAUAAAACCCACCUGGUCAAGAACUUGUAGGGCCAGUGGCAGCAGUGGGGCUACCUGCUGGCCCCUUAAGUCCCUCGUGAAGGGUUCCUGCAAGGGUACAGCGUAGGGAACGCACAGAUGGCCAGUCUGGAACUCGGCAGCCCUCAUCCCACUCCUGGUUUCAGCAUCCUCGUGGAGGUAUCUGCACAGGGAAAGGAGUCAAUGGGGUUGUCCUUCCACAGAGGACAUCCACUCUGCUGCGCAGUCCUUGGGAACCCAGCUCCUCUACUCACAGAGUAUGUCAGACCUGGACAUUGAUUGCACGGGCCACAGCACUUAGGACCGGGGCAGAGGAAGGGACCUUCAUUUCCAAAGGAAUAUGCUCAGAUGGGCAUGAGAAGCUGAACCACCUCUCGCUGCACACAGGCUGAGGGGGACCUGCCAGCAGCACUGGGCACCCCUUCCAAACGGGCCUUGUGCAAGUGGCACAAGGAUAUCAUCGAAGCUUUCUCACAACAGUCCCGCUUCCCCCGUGUGCUUUGGAAGCUUUGACAUGACAGAGGGGGGCACCACUCCAUGGACAGGCUUGGAAGAGGCCACCUGGCAUUCUGCAGCACAUUCCUACUUUAUAUUUAAAAUGUAUAAAUACCUAUAAAUAUCUAUAUAUAUAUAUAAAUAUCUAUAUAUAUAUAAAUAUAUAUAAACUCCUUUGAAAAAGUCCUUUUUUCUAUGGAGAUUGUUGCCUUACGCUCCCAGUUCCCAAUUAUGAACACUGUGUAAUGUGAGUGCUUCUUUAUUUUUAUUUAAUUGCUCCCUUUUAAUAAGCUGCCCUUCCCUUCUCCCCACAUCCUUUCCCUGCUGAAGUUUAUUUUACAAUAAUGAAGAGGUUUUUUUCUCUCCACCCGUUUAUAUAUAUAUAUGUAUAUUCCCCUCCCCCCUCUCUUUUCACUUCCAAGUGGCAUGGCGUUUCACUUCAAAUCUUGAAACUGUCAAUCACCCUUGAUACAGAGCCCCCCAUCCCAACUGUGUAUAGUGUAUAUUGUAUCAUAGACUAUAUUGCUUUUGUGGUUCCUACAUGUUUCAAAAAACAUAUGAACUGUUAUUUUUGAGCUUUUAAAUUAAAAACAAAUCCACUUUA